AUGGAUCCGAAAGACCAAGGGGCUCAGAUAGAGCCGCUGCUGCCAACGGCCCACCCUCCAUUUGGCUCAUCAGUUGGGAGUAGAAGUUUGAGGAAUGAUGAUGAGGCUGUGGUGGACAGAGGAGGAACACGGUGCCAACAGAGAGCUGACUUGGAGGAUGAAGAUCUUGAAGGUCACAGGACUCUCUACAUUGGGGUCCAUGUCCCUUUGGGCAGUACGAGACAUCGCAGCCAUCGCAGGCAUUCACGUCACCAUACAAUCAAACACAAGCGGAGGGGCAGAGAUCGGUCCUUCAUGGAGGAUAGAGAAUCUCCUGUUUAUGACACUCCCUCCCAGAGAGUGCAGUUCCUGCUGGGGACAGAGGAUGAUGACGAGGAGCAUAUUCCUCAUGACCUCUUCACAGAGAUGGAUGAAAUCUGUGUGAGGGAGGGAGAGGAUUCUGAGUGGAGGGAAAGCGCCAGGUGGCUGAAGUUUGAGGAGGAUGUUGAGGACGGAGGAGAGCGAUGGAGUAAACCCUAUGUAGCCACUCUAUCUCUACAUAGCCUGUUUGAGCUGCGCAGCUGUAUUAUCAACGGCAGUGUGCUGCUUGACAUGAGGGCUAAUACCAUUGAAGAGAUUGCAGGAAUGGUGCUGGACCACCAGGAGUUGUAUGCGCCAUUGGGAGAUGUGCUCAGAAAGAAAGUACGUGAAACACUGCUGAAGAAGCAUCAUCACCAGACGCAGAAGAAGCUGGCUAAACGCCUGCCAAUUGUACGGUCCAUUGCUGACAUGGGUCGACGGGCAUCUGAAAACCACCUGGACAAGAAUGGUCAGAUGUCAUCAUCCCAGCCUCAGUUAGCUGGUCAUGAUGGGAAAGGAGACAGCCACAGAGACAGUGCUGUGGAGCUUAGUAAGGCAGACCUGCAUUUCAUGAAGAAGAUCCCGAUAGGAGCAGAGACGUGUAAUGUCUUAGUGGGAGAGGUGGAACUUCUGGACAAGCCAGUGGUGGCGUUUGUCCGCCUUUCACCGGCAGUCCUGCUCAGUGGGAUGGCUGAGGUCCCCAUCGCCACAAGGUUUCUGUUUAUUCUCUUGGGGCCCAUGGGUAGAGCGCCUCAGUAUCAUGAGAUUGGAAGGUCUAUGGCCACACUUAUGACAGAUGAGGUUUUCCAUGAUGUUGCUUAUAAAGCUAAAGACCGUAAUGAUCUGAUCGCUGGGAUUGAUGAAUUCCUCGAUCAAGUGACAGUCCUGCCUCCAGGAGAAUGGGACCCAUCCAUACGGAUAGAGCCACCAAAAAAUGUACCUUCUCAGGAGAAGAGAAAGAAAAGUAACAACGCAUUAGCAGAAGGUGAUGAGGAAGAAGAACCUGGUGGUCAUGGGGGUCCAGAACUGCAGCGCACUGGAAGGUGGUUUGGUGGUCUCUUUCUAGACAUCAAGCGCAAAGCACCUCACUACCUGUCCGACUACUAUGACGCUUUUAGUUUGCAGUGUGUGGCCUCUUUCCUAUUCCUCUACUGUGCCUGCAUGUCCCCAGUCAUCACCUUUGGAGGACUUCUGGGCGAGGCAACAGAAGGACGCAUAAGUGCAAUUGAGUCACUGUUUGGAGCCUCACUGACCGGAAUAGCCUACUCCUUGUUUGCUGGGCAGCCUCUUACCAUUCUGGGCAGCACAGGGCCAGUGCUGGUCUUUGAAAAGAUAUUGUUCAAAUUCUGCAAAGAGUAUGGCUUGUCCUAUCUGUCACUGAGAGCCUGUAUCGGUCUGUGGACAGCUUUCCUAUGUAUAGUGCUGGUGGCCACAGAUGCUAGCUCCCUUGUUUGUUACAUCACACGUUUCACAGAGGAAGCCUUUGCCUCGCUCAUCUGCAUCAUCUUCAUCUACGAGGCCUUGGAGAAACUUAUCCACUUAGGAGACCACUAUCCCUUUAACAAGAACAACAACCUGGAGAAACUCUCCUUGUACUCAUGUUCAUGCGUUGAACCUUCUGACCCGACCAAUGGCACCCUAAAGUAUUGGGAGACCAACAACAUCACUGCUUCGGAAAUCUACUGGGAAGCCCUGGAGGUCAAGGACUGUAUUGAAAAGCAAGGGGAGUUUGUGGGCAGCGCCUGCAGCCCUCAUGGACCAUACGUUCCCGAUGUUCUCUUCUGGUGUGUCAUUCUCUUCUUUUGUACUGUGCUCCUGUCUGCCUUCCUCAAGGAGUUCAAGUUCAGCAAUUAUUUUCCCACAAAGGUGAGGUCCAUCAUCAGUGACUUUGCUGUUUUCUUCGCCAUCUUCAUCAUGGUUUCGGUUGACUAUGCCUUAGGGGUCCCCUCUCCAAAACUACAGGUUCCAAGUGUAUUUAAGCCAACCAGAGAUGACAGAGGUUGGUUCGUUAACCCGCUGGGGCCCAACCCCUGGUGGACGGCAGUCAUAACAGUGGUUCCAGCUCUGCUUUGCACCAUCCUCAUCUUCAUGGACCAGCAGAUUACAGCUGUUAUCAUUAACAGAAAGGAACACAAACUAAAGAAAGGCUGUGGGUACCACCUGGAUCUGUUCAUGGUUGGAGUGAUGCUUGGUGUGUGCUCUCUGAUGGGUUUGCCAUGGUUUGUAGCAGCUACUGUGCUCUCCAUCACCCACGUCAACAGCCUGAAGCUCGAGUCAGAGUGCUCUGCUCCUGGGGAGCAGCCCAAGUUCCUCGGCAUCAGAGAGCAACGGAUUACUGGCCUCAUGAUCUUCACCCUCAUGGGCUCCUCUGUCUUCAUGACAUCUGUACUUAGGUUAAUUCCUAUGCCUGUGUUGUACGGUGUAUUCCUUUAUAUGGGAGCAUCUUCUCUCAGAGGCAUACAGUUCUUUGACCGUCUUACACUGUUCGGUAUGCCAACCAAGCACCAGCCAGACUUCAUCUACCUGCGACAUGUACCUCUGAGGAAGGUGCACCUCUUCACCAUCGUCCAACUCACUUGUUUGAUUCUUCUCUGGGUUAUCAAGACCUCCAAGGCUGCCAUUGUCUUUCCCAUGAUGGUGUUGGCUUUGGUGUUUAUCAGAAAGCUAAUGGACUGCGUCUUCUCCAAGAGAGAGAUGAGCUGGCUGGAUGACCUUAUGCCAGAGAGCAAGAAGAAGAAGCUUGAGGAUCUUGAAGAGGAGGAAGAGCAGAGUAUACUGGCAGAAGAUGACGGAGCAGUGCCAUUAGAAGGGUUCAAAGGACUACCCAUCAUAAAUAUCACAGAUGAAAUGUCAAAAGGUUCUUUUGGAAAUACGUGGAAUGCCAACGGCUAA